AUGAGCAUAGACUUGAACGUUUCUUGUGGAAAUGAUGGUGUCGAAGACAGUUAUAGCGGCAUUGUGGGUGAUGAUGCAUUUCGCAAUGAUGAAACUGGAAGGAAGGCUGCGGACUUGGAGGAAGACGAUAUUGAGGUGAGCACCAGUCCCGUCGAAAAUGAAUCUAGUGGAGAUGAUGAAGAUGUACGAGAUUGCGAAGAUAUGGAAGAUUCUAAUCGUUUUAAUAAUUUCGAUAAUGGUGGAAAUGAUGAGACAGAAGCAGUUCAUUGCUCCGUAUUGUGUGGUUUCUCUGUUAGAAAAGGAAGUCAAUGUUAUUUCCUGAACACUGCGGCGGUUCGUGCUAAGAUAUAUCAUUGUUCAUGUCACGGCUCUCCUGAUAAUAAGUGCUCUAUUGGUAGAGUGUCGGUAUGCAAAAGACAGUCAUAUAGGAGCAAUUGCAAUGCCAAGCUACGCGUUGCUAGAGAGGAUGUUGAAUCACCAUGGAAAGUUACUAUUUUUGACAAUGAACACAACCACAAGUUGCUCGACCCAAGUGAGAGUUACCUGCUCCGUUCCGCCCGCAAUAUGUCUCAAUCGAAGAAGAUUUUGCUUGUAGCUUUGACGUCUAGUGGCAUUGGUGUUAGUCGUGCGUAUCGUUUCUUGGAGAAUGAAGCAGGAAGCCGUGCAAAUAUUGGAUUUCUGCGCAAGGAUGUGUACAACGUGCUCAAUAGCGAGCGUAGAGAAAUGGCGAAAGUUGCUAAUGCGGAUGCAAAUAAGCUGCUUGAGUAUUUCACCGACAAAGGAAAGAGUGACCCAUCAUUUUAUUGGCGGGUGAAGAUAGGUGAUGACGGACGCCUUAAGAAUUUGUUUUUUCGAGAUACAAGGUACCUGGUUGACUACCAACAUUUCGGAGACGUUGUUUCUGUAGAUGCCACGUAUAAGACAAACAAGUACGAUUUGGCUUGUGUUCCUAUCAUUGAAAUUAACCAUCACCGUACGAAUGUGAUGUUUGCGAUGACUUUCUUGUCGAAUGAGAAAUCGGAAUCCUAUGAGUGGUUGUUUUCCACUUUUCUUGACGCGAUGUAUCGUAAGGAGCCGACUAUCAUUUUCUCCGACCAAGACAAGGCACUAAUGAAUGCUUUGGAUAACACAUUUCACGGGGCGUCACACCGGCUAUGUCAGUGGCAUAUAAAUAAAAAUGCCGGGAAGCAAUUUGGUAAGUUGAAUUACGAGAAAGAUUUUAAGCGUUUGUGGUUCCGUUGUAUGAAUGGAUGUGAAAAUGCGGAAGAGUUUGAUGCAACUUGGAAUAGCAUGAUGGAGGAGUUCAAUUUAUCACAAAAUAGAUGGUUUAAAACCAUGUAUAACCUUAGGAAGCGAUGGCCCUCUGCCUUCACGGUAGAGAAAUUUUCGGGUGGAUUACAUGCAACAUCUAGAAGUGAGGUUACGAACAAGAAUUCCGGAGGAUAUGUAUUGAAUCGGUGGCGCCGUGAGUCGAAGGAGCGGAUACCGAUAGGUGAGCGGGCUAUAGAUAGUGGCACUUCAAACAAUUUUGCCAACAUGGUGUUUGUUAAUCAUAACAUGAAGCGUGUCUACGAUUUGUUGAGUGAAUUCAAGGACAACAAGAGUUGUAGGGAUGCAAUGAAUGAGUAUAUUGGUAAUAUGAUAGAUGGUGUUCAUCGCUUGGCGAAGGGCAAGAAGAACGGAAGUAAAGAGUCCUUGCAUCGCCCCAUAAGAGAUCCGCUUGGCAAAAGGAAACGUAAAUCUCGGCGGAAGAUGUGUAGUAAAAUGUGGGAACAUGGAGCCCAACGGCAAAACCAUGCAUCAAGCUUUACUGCUGAUAUGGAAGAUGAGGAGGAAGAUUUAGUGGGCAAUACUUUCUGGCCGUCGGACUCCAGAGUGGACGAGCGGGAUGCGUCUCUUGAUCGGUUUUCCAUGGAUUAG